ACUAAAGAAAACAAAGUUUCUAAUCUCUAGAAGUAUACGGCUAUAUAUGCCUGCUCCUUUCAUUUGAUCAAACUGCUUAAGCUUUGAAAAUGGUGAUUUACGAUGUGUUCUUGUCUUUCUGCGGUGUUGAUACACGCAAGAAUUUUACGGCCCACCUCUUGGCGCUUUGAAGCGGCAUGGUUUAUACACCUUCAUAGAUGACGCUAAGCUAAAAAGAGGAGGAGAAAUUAGUCCUGGAUUGAUGAAAUCAAUCGAGGAAUCCAGAGUUUCCAUUAUUGUAUUCUCGAAAAGCUAUGCGUCCUCAAGAUGGUGCCUUGACGAGCUUGUCAAGAUCAUGGAUUGCAAGAGGACGCUUCCGACGUUCGCUCACAGAGGGGUAGCUAUGAAGAAGCAUUUGCUAAUCAUAUAAAGCAGUUCGACUUGGAAUCGAUGAAGAAAUGGAGGUCGGCUCUGGCAGAGGCUGCCAAUUUGUCUGGUUACAUCCUGCAAAAUGUGGCCAAUGGGUGUGAGUCGAUGUUUAUUGAGUUUGUUGUUGGAGAAGUUGCAGAUAAAUUAAAUCCUACAUGCUUAAGUGUUGCAGAAUACCCAAUUGGAAUACAUCGUCUGGUUCAACAACUGAGCAAGUUUAUGAGGUUGGAGUCAAAUAGUGAUGUUAGGAUUGUUGCCACAUGGGGGAUUGGCGGAAUAGGUAAGACUACAAUUUCGAAAGCUAUGUAUAAUUGCAUAUAUCGUAAGUUUGAAAGUAGUUGCUUUCUUGCAAACGUUGGGCAAACUUCGAUGCAACACAACGGCCUAGUUGAAUUACAAGAAAAGCUUCUGUGCGAUCUCCUAAUGGAUGGGAAUCAAAGAAUAAGAAGCGAGGAUCAUGGGAUUGAGGUGAUAAAAAAGAGAGCAUGUUCUCGGAGGGUUCUUCUUGUUCUCGAUGAUGUGGAUAACAUCCGUCAAUUGAGUGGAUUGGCCAUAAAUCGUGAUUUGUUAUGUCCUGGAACUAGAAUUAGGGGUGGCAAUUCAUAUUCGUGGGUCGUAUUCGUGUUAUGUCAAUGUAAGAGUAUUAUACUAAAUAGGUAAACCCAAACCCAAUCCAUUUAAUAAUCGUGUCAAGAUCCUCAAUACUAACCCAACCUAUUUAUUAAACAGGUAAACGUGUUAACCCGUUUAAUGACCUGUUUAUCAAACCGAGACAUUUAAUAUUUAAUCAAAUACUAAAUAAUAGAAAAAAAUUGUUAUAAUUUACCCAAAUUUUCAAAAUAAAAAGAAAAAUCAUAAGGCAUAGACAAGGUUUAUGUUGAAAUGACUUAACUAUCUAUAAUAAUUGGGUUUAAAUAGAUAACAUAUUACAUAUGUUAUUAUGGUCAUAUUCACAAUUAUAAUAUGUUGAGUUAAAUGGGUUAUAAAUAGGUUACACGGGUUGAACUCCUCAACCCUAACCCGACACGGUUAAAUAAACGGGUUAAUCGUGUUGACCCUUUUAUGACCCAAACCCGUUUAUGCCAAACUCAAACCCUUUUAACUCGUGUUGUGUUCGUGUCGUGUCGUAAUUUGCCACCCCUCUAGAAUCAUAGUAUCAACUAGAGAUUUGGCUUCAGUAUCUUCGCUUCGAGUAGAUGAGGUGUAUAAUCUUGAGGAGUUGAAUAAGGAGGAAUCUCUUCGACUCUUUACUUGGCAUGCCUUUAGGAGAGACUGUCCUCUAGAAGACUAUGAAAUCAUCUCUUAGGAAGUAGUGAGUUAUGCUAAGGGGCUUCCUUUACUUCUUAAAAUCUUAGGUUCCCUUUUGUUGGACAGACCCAUACCCCAAUGGAUAAGUGAAUUGAAGAAGUUGAAAAAGAUUCCUCCUAAGGAUGUUCAAGGAAAACUAAGAUCGAGCUUUGAUUCACUUGAUGAUGAACAGAAGGGUUUAUUCCUAGAUAUUGCACUGUUUUU